AUGGAGAGGGGGGGGAGGGGCUACCCGCUGUGCCGUUUCUGCAACGAGGAGGUUCCAAGCGCGAGACGCACGUUCUGCUCGGAUGCCUGCGUCCACGAGCAUCGGAUUCGCACCCAGGGGUCCUACGUGCGCAAGUGCCUGCUGGUCAGGGAUGGAGGUCAGUGUGCCGAGUGCGGCGUCGACGCCGCGGGUCUGUAUAAGCGCGCCCGAGCGGCGUGGAUUUGCGGGGGUUCCGUGGUUGCGAAGAGGGAGGCGGUAGCGCUGGAGAUGGUCGGGACCCCUUUCGAGGGAAAGAUACCUACCAAAGGAAUGACGCGAAGACCUACACAGGGGAAGUUCUGGCACGCUGACCACAUCGUUCCGGUGGUGAGGGGUGGUGGGCAGUGCAGCCUCAAGAACUACCGCACUCUGUGCGUCCCCUGCCACGCGGCUGCCACGAGGAGGCUGGCAGGAGAGCGGGCGGCGGAGAGGGCUCGUGCCGCCGCCUCCGCCACCGUCGCAUCGGAUAGUGUUGCCGGCACCGGUGCUGUUGUUGUGAAGAAAAAGCGUGGAAGACCUAGAAAGGUAGAGGACCGGUAGAGUAGCAGCACUCAGGGUGGCAGGUGUGAUGUUAGCAGAAUAUCAUUGGCGGUGGCGCUCGACGGCGAGGCCUUGGAAAACCACGCGGAGGAGGAGGAGGAAGAGGAGGAGGAGGAGGAGGAGGAGGAGGACGGAGGGUUCGCAGCAGCAGCAGCAAUAGCACUAGCAACAACAGCAGCAGCAGCAGUGGCAGACACUGUCAAUUUAUCACAUCGGGUGCGCUAACAGGGGAAUGUGGGCUUAUACCUGCAUCGACCUGUAGCACACGAGACGGAACCUAGAGGCAAUCCUAGUUGUGCCGACCCAAUGCCGCCAGCACAACCGCAAAAGGAGUUGCGGCACUGCGAUGGAUACUCGAGAAGGGAGGGGAUGGGUGGUAUGCGUGGGGGUUGUGGGUUGUGGUGCGUGCCGCGUUGCCGAUCUUUUGUGUUGGGGCGUGUUCCCAGCGCUCGGUGUACGGUUGAGGAAGCCUCUGUUCAAUGUCGUGUGCCUUGGGAAAGGGUUGUGCC